GACGUGUGGUUGGGCCUUUUUUGAGUGUGCGUGUUUGAAACACAGGAAAGGAUAGAAGGAUGGGUGAUGGGACCUACGUAGUAAAUUUUGAGGCUGUGAGAUUGCGGAGUUGGGAAGUUGGGAGGAUGGAGCUGGGAUGCGUGGAGGGCCUUGGGUUUGGUGGGGCUGGAUUGGGUGUGUGUGUGUGAGAGGUGUAGGUGGUGAGGCGGCUGUAUGAGGCAAGGAUACUUGCGUGCGUCGUGGGCAGGUGUACGUAGAUGUCUCGGUGCCUGGGUGCUGUUUGUUGGCCUGGCUGCCCAGCAUCCGCAAUCUCAGAGCCAAGGUAUCCGCCUCAGGCAGCAGGCACACGCCCGUCAAGUGUCACCAAGUCACUGUCGGUCAACCGUCAACCGUCAACCACCUACCACCAAUACCACCACAACCGCCGCCACCGUCGCCGCCCAUCAUGGCGCGUGCAGCCCUGCCCUACGGCCCUACGACCCACAUCUCCGUCACUCACUCACGCACACACUCACACUCACUCACAGCCACAACCACCGUCCCUACCCAACUGCCAACCUUAGGCCCCGUCCCAUAUCCUACCACACCACACCACACCUCGUGUCCGGCGCCCAUCGCCGCCUUGAUCCCGUAAGGCAGGUAAUCCCGUCCCCUAGCCACGCCAAUCUCAGCACGCACCCAACCCCAAAAAACCCAGCACUAGCACGCAGCACAAGCAACAAGCGCAAGCACGCAGCAAGCAGCAAGCACGGCGACGCCGAACCCGCCGCCUUGGCCCCAGCCCCAGCCCCAGCAGUCCCAGCUCCGGCUCCGGCACCCACCCGGCCCAAGGGCAAGGCGCGCGCGAGCGCGAAGAUCGUCGCGCCGGCAGCGCUGUUCCGGCCGGGUACGAGAAGCGUGUGCCGUGUGCUGCGCUUGCUUGCUUUAGUGCGUGGGACGAGCGCGGCGGCGCUGCUUGCUGAUGGUGCUGGGAUGGAGGGUUGGAGGGGUUAGGGUGCCAUGGGAUGGGGUGCCGAGUGCCGUAUACGACCGAUGACGGACGGACGGGCGGGC